GGAAAGUUAGAAGAACUGACGACUUCCUGCGGAACUGGGGAAAGGGAUUCAUGGCCGCUUUGCUCGGAGGAUACAUGCUAAAAACUAAGUUUACCGUUACUGUAUUUGCAGUGUUUACAUUGCUUCUGCACGGUGCAUCUGAUGUUGCCACAAACAGAGUGUCGGUGCUGAAGGGAGAUUCAGUCACUCUUCACACUAAUAUCACAAUAAAUCAACGAGACCGAGUUAAAUGGUAUUUUCAUGACACUCUCAUCGCUCAAAUCAAUGGAGAUCUGCGUUAUAUCUGCACAGAUGUUCAGUGUAAUAAAGACAAUGAGCAUUUCAGAGACAGACUGAAGCUGGAUAAUCGAACUGGCGAUCUUACGAUUACAAACAUCAGCACCUCAGAUGCUGAAAUUUAUCAACUAAAGAUCUUUAGCAGCAGCGGUCGCACUGGAAACGGUUUUGAUGUUUUUGUUCAUGAUGCUCCUGCUAAAAAUAAGGAAAAGUCACUGAUGGAGGGAGAAUCUGUCACUUUAGACACUCUUGAAGAAAGAAACCCAAAUGAUUUGUUGACGUGGUAUUUUAAUAGAACUUGCAUCGCUGAAAUAACUGGAGACCAGACUAAAAUCUGUGAAGACGUUCAAUGUAAACAGAGAUUCAAAAACAGACUGAAGCUGCAUCAUCAGUCUGGAUCUCUGAUUAUCACAAACACCAAAACCACAGACUCUGGACUCUAUAAAUUACAGAUCGAAACCAACAAAAACCUCUACAGAAUCACCAGCAUUAUGAGCUUCAGUGUUUUUGUGACUGAUUUAGGUCUGUCUUUAGCAGUUACAGCAGUAAUAUAUGCUGCUGUUUUUCUGCUGGUGACUGCAACUGCUGUUGGUAUGAUUUACUACCUCAGGAGACCCAGAAAGGAUGAAGAAGGGCUUCAAGAUCGGAGAGGGUCCCAACAGGAUCAGUGUGAAGAUACUGAUGCAUUAUUCCCAUUUAAGUGAAGUGGCAAAAGCAAGUCCCUAAUGACUUGUGUUUUUACAUUGAAACUUAAUGAAAUGCUUUGCAGGUCAAAUUGGUUUAUCAUAGAGCAUAGUUAGAGCAUAGCAACAAAUUUAAAAUACCAGUUAAACCUAACAAAUUUGCAGUUGUAAUAAAUAUAACCAGUUAAAAGUGCUGUCACAGUUUUAACGCAAUUUCUGUAAAGCUUAUAUGCUUUGUUUGUAUCUAUGCUAUUUUUCUAUUGCACAUAUAGACAAAUAUUCUAUAUUCUGAUAUGGAACAUUUAAGAUUUUUUAAAAUAAUUGAACAUUGCUUUACAACUGGAUUUGUCACUUUAAUGAUUAUGAAAUGGAAGUUUUAUUGAAAUGCUUUAUAAAACUGUAAAAAUGAGGUGUUAACAUUGAAUAUAAAUAUCUAUAUUUAUAUUUAUAUGUAUUUGUUGGUUUAUUGUAUUAAUGUAUUUUUAAUUUAGUUUUUAUUUUUGUGUGCUUUGGAAUAGACAUUACAUUGUAUUGUUCUUGGUUAUGUAAAUAAUCAUAUUAUUAUUAUUAUUAUUAUUAUUAUUAUUAUUAUGAUUAUUAUUAAGCUUUACAGUUUAAUGCACUUUGUUAUAGUAAUUAUAGCUGAAAAAUUCAAUUUGGACUCUAUUUGUAUGUUUGGAUGUUUGAUUUAUUUAUAUUUAAGUUGUUUUCUAUUGGGAUGAAUUGUUUUUGUUAUUUUAGUAUCAUUAAUAUACUAUUAUAGUUGUUUUUAAUAUUUUGUAUUAGGUUUAUUUUCUGUUUUAAUGUUAAUUUUAGUUAAAGUUUUAGUAAUUUGGUCUUUUUUUGUUGUUGUAAAUGUGU